AUUUUUUUUGGCCUACCCUUUAUCAUUUGCAGCUUGCUUCUCUCUCUCUCUCUCUCUCUCUCUCUCUCUCUCUCCACCAUUGACUCUCUCUCGCUCUGGAAUCAUCCUUUAUUUCUGUGACUGUGCACUUUCAGAGAAGAGAGAGAGAGGAAAAAAGGUUGUGGCUUGAAGCUGAAUCAAUACCAUCACCAUAUAUACAAUACAACCACACUAUUCUUUUUUUCGUUCUUUUCUAUUUCUCUUCAUUGUAUUUUUAUAUAUUUCCAAAGAAAGUCUGUUUUUUUUUUCGGACUCCGAUUUGCCGCUGGAGAGAGUAAUCUCUCUUAUGGACUGGAUCUCUGAGAACCGAGCUGCACUGAGUUGAACCUGUUGCUUAUUUAUUCACUCCUCUCUCUCUUCAAUCGAUCUGUGAAAUCCAAAGAUUGUAGCGUCUGUGUUUCGACAAUAUGAAUACCGGUGGUCGGUUAAUCGCUGGUUCUCACAACAGGAACGAGUUUGUUCUGAUUAAUGCCGAUGAGAAUGCCAGAAUAAGAUCAGUGCAAGAGCUGAGUGGACAGACAUGUCAAAUCUGCAGAGACGAGAUUGAAUUGACCGUCGAUGGAGAACCAUUUGUGGCGUGUAACGAAUGUGCAUUCCCUGUGUGUAGACCUUGCUAUGAGUACGAAAGACGAGAAGGCAAUCAAGCCUGUCCACAAUGCAAAACCCGUUACAAACGGAUUAAAGGAAGUCCAAGGGUUGAAAAUGAUGAAGAGGAAGAUGACAUUGAUGAUUUAGACAAUGAGUUUGAUUACGGGAACAAUGGGAUUGGAUUUGAUCAGGUUUCUGAAGGUAUGUCAAUCUCUCGUCGCAACUCCGGUUUCCCACAAUCUGAUUUGGAUUCAGCUCCACCUGGCUCUCAGAUUCCACUGCUGACUUAUGGCGACGAGGACAUUGAGAUUUCUUCUGAUAGACAUGCUCUUAUUGUUCCUCCUUCACUUGGUGGUCAUGGCAAUAAAGUUCACCCGGUUUCUCUCUCUGACCCAACCAUUGCUGCACAUCCAAGACCUAUGGUUCCUCAGAAAGAUCUUGCGGUUUACGGUUAUGGAAGUGUCGCUUGGAAAGAUCGGAUGGAGGAAUGGAAAAGAAAGCAGAAUGAGAAACUUCAGGUCGUUAAACAUGAAGGAGAUCCUGAUUUUGAAGAUGGCGAUGAUGCCGAUUUUCCAAUGAUGGAUGAGGGAAGGCAGCCAUUGUCUAGGAAGAUACCAAUCAAAUCGAGCAAGAUAAAUCCAUACCGGAUGUUAAUUGUUCUACGUCUUGUGAUUCUUGGUCUCUUCUUUCACUACCGUAUUCUUCACCCGGUCAAAGAUGCGUAUGCGUUGUGGCUUAUAUCCGUGAUUUGUGAGAUAUGGUUUGCGGUCUCAUGGGUUCUUGAUCAGUUCCCUAAGUGGUACCCAAUCGAGCGAGAAACAUACUUGGACCGACUCUCAUUAAGAUAUGAGAAAGAAGGGAAACCAUCGGAACUAUCGGCUGUGGAUGUAUUUGUCAGUACAGUGGAUCCGUUAAAAGAGCCUCCGCUUAUUACAGCAAACACUGUCUUGUCUAUUCUUGCGGUUGAUUAUCCAGUUGAUAGGGUUGCUUGUUAUGUGUCUGAUGAUGGUGCUGCUAUGCUUACUUUUGAAGCUCUUUCCGAGACUGCGGAAUUCGCAAGGAAAUGGGUUCCUUUCUGUAAGAAAUAUUGUAUCGAGCCCCGUGCUCCUGAAUGGUAUUUCUGCCACAAAAUGGACUACCUGAAGAAUAAAGUCCAUCCCGCAUUUGUCAGGGAACGGCGAGCCAUGAAGAGAGAUUAUGAAGAGUUCAAAGUAAAGAUCAAUGCGUUAGUUGCGACGGCACAGAAAGUGCCUGAGGAUGGUUGGACGAUGCAAGACGGUACACCUUGGCCCGGUAAUAGUGUGCGAGAUCAUCCCGGCAUGAUCCAGGUUUUCCUUGGAAGUGACGGUGUUCGUGAUGUUGAAAACAACGAGUUGCCUCGGUUAGUUUAUGUCUCUCGUGAGAAGAGACCCGGAUUUGAUCACCAUAAGAAGGCUGGAGCUAUGAAUUCACUGAUACGAGUCUCGGGGGUUCUGUCAAAUGCUCCUUAUCUUCUGAACGUCGAUUGUGAUCACUACAUCAACAAUAGCAAAGCUCUUAGAGAAGCAAUGUGUUUCAUGAUGGAUCCUCAGUCAGGAAAGAAAAUCUGUUAUGUUCAGUUCCCUCAAAGAUUCGAUGGGAUUGAUCGGCACGAUCGAUACUCAAAUCGCAAUGUUGUGUUCUUCGAUAUCAAUAUGAAGGGUUUGGAUGGGUUACAAGGGCCAAUAUACGUUGGGACAGGUUGUGUUUUCAGGAGGCAAGCACUUUACGGAUUCGAUGCACCGAAGAAGAAGAAGGCUCCGCGUAAGACAUGCAAUUGCUGGCCAAAAUGGUGUUUCCUUUGCUGUGGUUCAAGAAAGAACCGUAAAGCAAAGACAGUGGCUGCGGAUAAGAAGAAGAAGAAUAGGGAAGCGUCGAAGCAGAUCCACGCGCUAGAAAAUAUCGAAGAGGGUCGCAUCACUAAAGGCUCUAAUAAUGUGGAACAAUCAACGGAGGCGAUGCAAUUGAAGUUGGAGAAGAAGUUUGGGCAGUCUCCUGUUUUUGUUGCAUCUGCUCGUAUGGAGAACGGUGGGAUGGCCAGAAACGCAAGCCCGGCUUGUCUUCUUAAAGAAGCUAUCCAAGUCAUUAGCUGCGGAUAUGAAGAUAAAACCGAAUGGGGAAAAGAGAUUGGGUGGAUCUACGGUUCUGUGACGAGGAUAUUCUUACGGGUUUCAAGAUGCAUUCUCAUGGUGGAGAGAUCUUGUCUUCGGUGGGCGCUUGGUUCUGUUGAGAUUUUCUUGAGUAGGCAUUGUCCUAUCUGGUAUGGUUAUGGAGGUGGUUUGAAAUGGCUUGAGUUGUCCUACAUUAACUCCGUGGUUUACCCUUGGACCUCUCUCCCGCUCAUUGUCUACUGUUCACUCCCCGCCAUUUGUCUUCUCACUGGAAAAUUCAUCGUUCCCGAGAUAAGCAACUAUGCGAGUAUCCUCUUCAUGGCGCUCUUCUCGUCGAUUGCGGUAACGGGUAUUCUGGAGAUGCAAUGGGGAAAAGUUGGGAUCGAUGAUUGGUGGAGAAAUGAACAGUUUUGGGUCAUCGGAGGCGUUUCUGCGCAUCUGUUUGCUCUGUUCCAAGGUCUUCUCAAGGUUCUUGCUGGUGUGGACACAAACUUCACGGUCACGUCAAAAGCAGCUGAUGACGGCGAAUUCUCAGACCUUUACCUCUUCAAAUGGACUUCACUUCUCAUCCCUCCGACCACUCUUCUCAUCAUAAACGUCAUCGGAGUCAUAGUCGGAAUCUCUGAUGCUAUAAGCAAUGGAUAUGACUCUUGGGGACCGCUUUUCGGAAGACUCUUCUUCGCGCUUUGGGUCAUCAUCCAUCUUUACCCUUUCCUUAAAGGUUUGCUUGGGAAACAAGAUAGGAUGCCGACCAUUAUUGUCGUCUGGUCGAUCCUCCUCGCCUCGAUUCUUACACUUCUUUGGGUUCGUGUUAAUCCAUUUGUGGCCAAAGGUGGUCCUAUUCUCGAGAUCUGCGGUUUAGACUGCCUGUGAAUUUGACUGAUCGAUGGAUCGGUUGCUGAAAAAUGGUUUGAUUCCCACGGAUCAAGAGAGAGGUAAUAGAGAGAUGAUUAUUUACCUCUUUAAGACUCCUUCAUUGUGUUCAUUAGAUGAUGAAAAAGAAAAGAAGAAAAAUACGAUUUAAUUUUGUUACGAGAUUUUUAUUUUUGCAAGAAUGUGUUGUAGAUAUAGAUGAAGAAGAAGAAGGUUGUUGUCUAUUUGUUUUGUUCUUUGGUGGUGAGAGAAAAGAUUUGUCAAAUUAUUCUUUAAUUGAAUAUUUUCUAAUCUCUUUUGAAUAUUACAGAAGAGGCGUUUCAAUUUGUAAUCUUUUACGAUAAGAACUUGACUUAUUUUCAUUUUUUUUAAAA